GAUGAUAUCAAUUGCAAAUGAAAGACAUACACGAUAACGUCUAAAUAUACCUACACAAUUAAAUUAAAAACCUUUAUAUUCCCAAAAAAAACAAUAAAUACCAUAAUAAGAAAUCGUAAAAGAUCUUUUAGACAGAUAAAUAGAGUAUGAUAAGCUAAAUAAGAUAUAUAUUCCAGUUAAAUCCAAUAAUAAAAAUCGUUCUUCUUAAAAAGAAUCUAAAUUUUACUCAAUGAAAGAAGCUGUGAGAGAAGCAAAAAUUAAAUUUUUAGAAAAACCUAUUAUUUAUGAAAAGCUAUAGAAAAAUGAAACUCAAUAUUUCUAACAACAGAAAAAUUCAAUUUCAUUGAUAGCAUAAAUUUUUCGAAAUUAAAAAGCUCAUUUAGGUUCUAAAUCAAAUCAUUAUAAUUAAAGAAGAAAUAAAUGGAAUCUAGAAUUGAUGUUAAUCAUUACAAUCCCAACAAUCUGUCUUCUAGUGAUUAUUCUUGAAUUUAUGUAUUGA